GGAAUUACAAGUGCCAAAACGGUAGCAGGUACUUAAUAAACUGAACUCCUCUUACAUAGAACUCGAAGCUAAUCAAGUUUCAUUCAAACACACACCACCUUACUACUCCAUUGAAAUAAUGGACAAAGAUCUCAGCAGCACAGUAACAACAACAGUGAUGCACUCUUCUUCUUCUUCUUCUUCUUCUUCAUACAUGAUGAUGUCUUCUCCUUCUUGCUGCUUCCCAAUCCAGAACGAGUUCCAGUACUCAAGAAUCCACCAUUUGAGUAACACUUGUAGUUGUUGUUGUUGCUGCAGCAGCAGCAGCACUUUGAAGAGGAGGAGAGGAUGGAGAUGGAGAAGCAUCCUCAGAAGGCUCAUGAGGGAGAGCAAGACCUCCUUGAUGUGUAGAUCCAAUAAACCUGUUUCGUUUCAGUAUGAUCCUGUUAGUUACUCUCACAACUUUGAUGAAGGUAGUUUCCAUCUUCACCACCACCAGGAACCUUCACAACUAGUGUUUCAAGAUCAUAGUGGUGCUGUUUUUCAUAGGUUGGAUGAUUCUCAUUGCAAAAUAUGAAUUGAAUCAUUGAGUAAAGUGGAGUCCACAGUGUGCCUAACUCUUUGAAAACAAGAAAUCCCCACUUCAAAAUAUCUUGGGUAAAGAUUAGGAGAGAGAUUCAUCACUGCAAAAGAAUUCUGAUCUGAACAAAAAUAAUAGAAUAGAAUGCAGAUUUUUGUGAGGUACAAGUUUAUGCAAUUUUUUUACAGUGAAGAUCUCAGAAAUUAAAUCACCUUGUAUAUGGUGCUAUAUUUGAUGGAUUUAAUUUUUUGACUAAGAUCAAAGUGAAAUUGUAAAGAUUGUAUUGUACAGCAUUUGCAAAAUUA